GCGCGCCCUCUGCUGUGCGGAGGAAGAACUACAGCGCGCCCUCUGCUGUGCGGAGGAGGAACUACAGCGCGCCCUCCUGCUGUGCGGAGGAGGAACUACAGCGCGCCCUCUGCUGUGCGGAGGAGGAACUACAGCGCGCCCUCUUGCUGUGUGGAGGAGGAACUACAGCGCGCCCUCUUGCUGUGUGGAGGAGGAACUACAGCGCGCCCUCUGCUGUCCAGAAGAGGAACUACAGUGCAAAGGCAGUCGAUGGCUCUGGCAGUCCGUGUGAGUGUCCUGCUGCUGCUCUGCGUGUGUGUAUGUGUGUGUUUGGCUGAUUAUUAUUCAGUGUUAGGAGUUCCUCGCUCUGCGUCCGAGAGAGAGAUAAAGAAAGCGUUUCACCAGCUGGCCCGGAAGCUCCACCCGGACAGGAACCACAGCCCAGAUGCUCAACACGUCUUCACACAGCUUGCACAAGCCUACGAGGUUCUGUCUAACCGAGAGAGACGGAGAAUCUACGACCAAAACGGAGAGACGGAGAAGAAGCAGGAUUUUUAUGGCGACCAACACGGUUCCUAUGGUGACAGCGAUUUCCUGGCCUUCGGUCUACAUGAGCUCCUGAAUAUGCUGCGGAUGGAGGAUGAUUUCAUGAUGUGGGAAGAUGCGGGUCUGGGUCACGGGUGGAGCUUUACAAUGUGGGAUGAAGAUCAGGAUGAUGAUGGUGAUCAUCUCAGCGAGAUGUUCAGUAUGCUGUAAGAUCAGAGAGAAGAAGAGUAAUUGUAAGAUAUUGCAAUAUUGAGUGUAUUUUAAUUUCAUAUUAAAUAAAGUAUCUGUUUUAAAACA